AUGGACUCUUAUCUAAGACGUGGUUUGACACCCACUACCAUUACAUCGUCCCUGAGUUGGGCCCUGAGGUCAACUUCUCUUACGCUUGAUUUGGUCAAGGCAGGUUUCCCUGAGGGAAAGUACCUCUUUGCUGGUGUUGUUGAUGGAAGGAUCACCUGGGCCAACGACUUUGCUGCGUCUCUAAGCACCUUGCAGGCACUUGAGGACAUUGUUGGUAACGACAAGCUUGUGGUCUCAACCUCCUGCUCUCUUCUCCACACCGCUGUUGAUCUUAUCAAUGAGACUAAGCUUGAUGAUGAAAUCAAGUCAUGGUUGGCGUUUGCUGCCCAGAAGGUCGUUGAAGUGAUUGCAUUGGCCAAGGCUUUGGCUGGUCAGAAGGAUGAGGCCCUUUUCUCUGCCAAUGCUGCGACUUUGGCUUCAAGGAGGUUUUCCCCCAAGAGUCACCAACAAGGGUGUUCAGAAGGCCGUAAGUUUGACGCUGCUGCUUUGAAGGGAUCUGACCACCGUCGUGCAACUAAUGUUAGUGCUAGGCUAGAUGCUCAGCUAGAUUUUCACCAAGAUUUCUAA